CGCGCCACCACCAUGUUUUCUCGGCGCAUUGUUGCGGCCCGCCCGCUGGCCCACGCCGUUGCGCCCGCUCUCGCACGCCGACCACAGUUCAUCCAACAAAUCCGCACUGCCCUCACCGAAGCGGAGCAUGCGGAACUCGCCGACCCGAACAUGAACGGCGGCUACAUCAACCCCCCGGCUGAGCUACGCAACAAGCGCGACCCGUAUGCCGACUGGUGGGACAAGCAAGACCGUCGCAACUACGGUGAACCGGUCCAUGAAGACAACGAUAUCCAGGGUGCGCUCUCCCUGCACGAUUACGAUCACUUCACGCCGGGCUGGGGAGGGGUUCUGUUCGGUACCUUUGUCGUGACGGUGCUCGGGCUCUGCGGGGCUGUGAGCCUGAUCUACCCGGACAAAAUCAGCGUCCCAAAACAGUAUGAGGGCGGAUUAGAGACAGAGCUUGGAGGACCGAGGGCUGUAAGGGCGAGGACAUUUGGCGAGGAUUUGAAGUAAGGCUAAGGUUACCAUGGCAAAUGUAUAUAAUUCGGAACAAGUUUUCUUUUGUUCGAGGAUAUGUACCUCAAAUCGACAUGUGUUAGCAAUCUGAGAUACAGCUAACGUGUUCCACCACUCAUUGGCGCACAUCACUCAUCGGCGCACCCC